AUGAGCGGCCCCGUCCAUGUCCAGUCCGACGGCGAGUGGCAGUCGCUGCUCUCCAAGAACUCGGUCGUCGUCGCAGAUUUCUACGCCGACUGGUGCGGCCCCUGCAAGAUGAUUGCGCCGCACUUUGAGCGCCUCGCCAAGGAGCACUCGCGCCCGAACAAGGUCGCCUUUGCAAAGGUCAACGUCGACAACCAAGCCAACAUUGCCCGCACGAAUGGCGUCACGGCCAUGCCCACGUUCGUCAUCUUCCACAACGGCUCGACCGUCCAGACCAUCCGCGGCGCCAACCCGUCCGCCCUGACCGAGGCCGUCACAAAGGCCGUUGCCCUCGCCGACGGCGGCAAGGCCGAAGCCGUCUUCAAGACCCCCGGCAGGACGCUGGGCGGCGAUGGCCCCGUCCCCGCUCAGCGUCACUGGAGCGUGACGGUGCUCCUCAACGUCGUCAUGAUGCUCGUCGGACUCUACUUCACGUCCUUAUUUUCGGCACGGCGCGGAGCUGUCCAUGUUCAACCCGAAGAGACAGCAGCCAUCGCGGGUGAAGCCGGCAGCGGCUGGAGGACCGGCGCCAGCGGGCAGUGUCCGACCGCAACAACAGAGACAGAACGAUGCUUUUCCACCUCCAAAGCUGCUCUCCAAGAACCAUCAGCCAUCCCAGGAAGCCAAUCUGCAGAGGAUAUCGAAAAGGUUGUCCGUGAAGCGAAGCAGCGCUUUCGAGACACCCUGCCCAAGGGCUAUCUCAGCGUGGAGGAGUAUGCGCUGUACGAACGGCUCUAUGGACCACCACUCCGAGAGACGGCGCCUGAAGACGUCGGCAUUCCGACUCAUGCGGACAUGGAAGGCCAAGUGACACGGCUGAGCGAUGAAGGGACGCUGCUGAGAGAGUUGGAAGGCGGGGGAUUCGAGGAAGUCAUCUACAGAUUACCUUUCGCGGAUGGCGAGGCAGAGGAGCCUUCAAUCUCGGAGCAACUGUCGGCUUCUGAAGCCGCGGUAGAAGCAGUUGAAGAGUCAUUAUCUUACAUUGACGCCGUUGCCAGGAACCCAAGGGAACAUGAGGCGCUGCAGAGGCUGAUGCAGGACUUCAAGGCCGCACAGAAGAAGCAAAUGGAGGAGGAGAUUGUGGCAGCAAGGGCGGAAGCCGAAGCGGAGCAGGAGGCUUAUGAGAUGAAAGAAGAGGAGGGUGAGGUUCUCUUUGAUGAGCAAGAUCCGGCUUCGCCUGGGGUAGAGAUGCAGGUGCUUUCAGGCGAGGCGCGACGAUUCCACCCUUACACUCUGCAGGGCAGGUUCCACGGAAGCCCGGUCGAGAUUUCACUACCUCAAACUUCAUUCGUCACACCUAUCCGGGACCUCUUGGAUCGAACCCACCUCUCUCACGUCAAGGCCGCUGCCGAAGCCGCAUUCGGCGGCCCAGGACUACCGACUUCGCCAUCCACCCCUGAAGGGAAGAAGAACGGGCAGAUGGGCGGCGUCGGCCUACCCCCUGAUCAGCGACACAUGACGGAGAUUGAGGCCGAUGCGUUUCUCGCCGGCUUUCUUCCUCCUGCUUAUGCCUCUGUCACGUCUGUUUUGCGGGAAGUGCGGAGGCGGCUAGGCAGCGACUGGAUCCAAGAGCGACUCAAAAGGAGCGAAAACGCAGGCUUGAGUGUUCUAGAUGCAGGAGCUGGCGGAGCCGGCCUCAUUGCCUGGGAGCAGAUACUCAACGCAGAGUGGGAUCUCCUACGAGAAAAGGGCGAGGUCAAGGGCACACAGCCUCCUGGAAGGAAGACGGUCAUCACUGGAUCAGAUCGACUGCGUCACCGCUUGAAGAGCUUCCUCCACAACACCACGUUCCUGCCUCGACUGCCUGAUUACGAACACUCAGGAGAGAUGCAGGGCGAGCAUCUUGAUGCCGGUGACAAACCCCAACCGCGGAAGAGCUACGACCUCAUCAUCGCUUCCCACCUCUUCCUGAAGGAGAAGCAAGACCACUACCGCCAGGCUAUCCUGAACAACCUGUGGACCCUCCUCAACAAAGACGGUGGCGUGCUCAUUGUGAUUGAAAAGGCCCACCCCCGCGGAUUCGAAGCUGUCGCUCAUGUCAGAGACACGCUGCUCAAGCAGUUCCUCCUGCCUCAGAACGGCGAGCCUGGCACCCCGGCGGAAGAACUGAACCCAGCAUUCCACAGAGAGCGCGAAGCCGGCCACAUCAUUGCGCCUUGUACCAACCACGGAACAUGUCCCAUGUACAAAGAGGCCGGGAAGAGCAAGGGCCGAAAGGAUUACUGCUACUUCAACCAGCGAUUCACUCGGCCGACGUUUUACACCAAGAUGUUGGGCAACAGCUCGAAUACUCAGGGCGAUGUCGAGUUCAGCUAUGUGGCUAUCCAGCGAGGCCACCUCAAGGCAGACCAGCGUCCAGGAUGGAAGGCCACCGAGCAGGCCUUUGCAGGAUACGAACACUCACAGGAGAGCCCGGACAUGCAAACCCUGCCCCGAAUGGUCCUGCCACCGCUAAAGCGCAAAGGACACGUCACGCUCGACGUCUGCACGCCCGAAGGCAAGAUUGAGCGAUGGACAGUGCCCAAGAGCUUCAGCAAGCUCGCCUACCACGACGCCCGCAAGUCGCACUGGGGCGAUCUGUGGGCUCUCGGGGCCAAGACCAAGGUCGCUCGCAGCGUGCGCGUCGGCAGCGGCGUGGACGAUGGCGGGAAGCGAGCAGAGGGCGGCAAGAAGCCUCGCAAGGUCGAGAUUUCCAUGGACGGGGGACGGCUUUCGGCCAACGAGAAGAAUGCGCGAAAGGAGCGCCGGUCCAAGGGCAAGCGGGAUAGGCAGACGGAUCUGAUCAAGGAGAUUUUGGAGGCGGAGGACCUGGAGGAGAGGGAGAUUGAGAGGGAGAUGGACGGAGAGGUGGAGGAGGAGUUGAGGUUGGAGGAGGAGGAGGAGGAGAAGCGGAAGAGGAGGCGAUGA